CUCGCAGCAGGUGCAAUGCCCCAACCCUGUACCAGGGUGGCCUGUACCACUCAGCGGGGGGUGUUGCGUCAGGCCGGAGACAAGUUCAUGUCAGGUACAGAGUCUCCCCCCGCUGCCCGGUGUAGAAUUGGCUCAACCCGGAACUCGGCCGACGGCCGCAGGCAGGGGCGGGAGCUGCGAGCCGCGAGCCGCCCUGCAUGGCGAGGCGGCAGCUGGGGCGGGCGGCGGCCCCGGGGGAUGGAGCUGCUGGAGAUAGACCUGGAGGGCGGGAGCUCCUGGGAACCCGCGGCAGGCGCGGGGAGCCCCGGCCCGCAGCGCCAGGGCGCUAGGGGCAGGGGCGGCAGCAGCGCGGACAGCCUGGCCGAGGAGGAGGAGGAGGAGGAAGAGGAGGAUCCUGCGGGCAGGUACCGCAGCACCUCGUCCCUGGUGAGCGGCCUCCUGACGGAGCUGUAUAGCUGCGGGGGCCGCGCCCGGCACCGGGACAGCGUGGACAGCUCCACCGAGGCGUCCGCGGGCUCCGAUGUCUUCCCCGGGGGCAGAGGCAGCAGCGCCGAGUCCCGCUUCCUCCAGGAGCUGCAGCAGCGGCCGAGCCAGCGGCACCAGAUCGAGUAUCUGGGCCAGAAAGAUGCUGAUGAACUGGCAACUAUAGUACGAGAACUGAAUUACAGAAUUUGUGUUCAGUCAGCAAAGCUGCUUCGUCAUCUGAAGCAGAAAGAUAGGCUUUUACAUAAAGUGCAGAAGAACUGUGAUAUUGUCACAGCCUGUUUGCAGGCUGUUUCCCAGAAACGCCGGGUUGAUACAAAGUUGAAGUUCACUCUUGAACCAUCUUUAGGUCAAAAUGGUUUUCAGCAGUGGUAUGAUGCUCUCAAAGCAGUGGCCAGACUGCCAACAGGAAUACCAAAGGAGUGGAGGAGGAAGGUUUGGCUGACCCUAGCAGAUCACUACUUACAUAGUAUAGCAAUUGACUGGGAUAAAACUAUGCGCUUCACUUUCAAUGACAGAAGUAAUCCUGAUGAUGACUCCAUGGGCAUUCAGAUUGUAAAGGAUCUUCACCGAACUGGUUGCAGUUCUUACUGUGGCCAGGAGGCAGAGCAGGACCGAGUCGUGUUGAAACGAGUUCUGCUGGCUUAUGCUAGAUGGAACAAAUCAGUUGGAUAUUGCCAAGGCUUUAAUAUACUAGCUGCACUCAUCUUAGAAGUAAUGGAAGGCAAUGAAGGGGAUGCCCUGAAAAUCAUGAUUUACCUAAUCGAUAAAGUACUGCCUGAUAGCUAUUUUGUCAAUAAUCUUCGUGCAUUGUCUGUGGAUAUGGCUGUUUUCCGAGAUCUUUUAAGAAUGAAACUUCCUGAACUGUCCCAGCACUUGGAUACGCUUCAGAGAGCUGCAAAUAGGGAAAGUAGAGGAGGCUAUGAACCCCCACUUACCAAUGUCUUCACAAUGCAGUGGUUCCUGACCCUCUUUGCUACAUGCCUUCCUAACCAUACAGUUUUAAAGAUCUGGGAUUCAGUAUUCUUUGAAGGGUCUGAAGUUAUACUGAGAGUAGCACUGGCUAUCUGGGCAAAGUUAGGCGAGCAGAUUGAAUGCUGUGAAACUGCAGAUGAAUUCUACAGUACCAUGGGCAAACUAACCCAGGAGAUGCUGGAAGACAAUCUGAUUGACAGCAAUGAACUCAUGCAGACUGUUUAUUCCAUGGCUCAGUUUCCUUUUCCACAACUGGCAGAAUUAAGGGAGAAAUAUACAUACAACAUUACUCCAUUCCCUGCAGCAGUAAAAUCAACUUCAGUUUCAGGAAGGCUCGGCAGAACCAGAGAUAGUGAUGAGGAGAAUGACCUGGAUGAUGAAGAUUCGGUUGCCAGUGCAGUUGGCUGCCUUGGACCAUUCAGUGGGCUCUUGGCACCAGAGCUACAGAAGUAUCAAAAACAAAUCAAAGAUCAGAAUGAAGAACAGAGUUUGGGCUCUAGUAACAUUGCGGAACUAAGUCCAGGGGCAAUAGACUCCUGUAGAAGUGAAUACCAUGCUGCUUUUAACAGUAUGAUGAUGGAGCGUAUGACCACUGACAUUAAUGCAUUGAAAAGGCAGUAUUCCCGAAUAAAGAAGAAGCAGCAGCAGCAGGUUCACCAGGUGUAUAUCAGAGCAGGGUCUGAAGAUGAUGACCCUGGGAUCUUGUUAGGUCCCAGGGACCAGCUGAAUAAUGACAAAGGGCCAGUUACCAGUCUUCUCCCUUCUCAGGUAAACCAUUCUCCAGUGAUAAACCACCUUCUUUUAGGAAAGAAGAUGAGAGCGACUAAUAGAGCUGCCAAGAAUGCGGUCAUUCAUAUCCCAAGUCACACAGGGGGCAAAAUGUCACCCAUUCCCCAUGAAGAUCUUAAAACAAAACUCAACUCUCCCUGGCGCACCCAUAUCCGAGUACAUCGAAAGAACAUAGCUAGAGCCAAAUGCCAGCUGGGCUAUGGGGAUACCAUAGGACUCAUAGAAGAGCAGCGUGAAGUCUGCAAACCAAACAGCUGCAGUGCAAAGGAGGACCCUCCAAGCAAUUCUGAUUUGGGGGAAAGAGAGGGAAGUGGCUUGGAUAACAGGACUAUUCGGAAAGUUGAUGGACAGUCAACUGAGCCACUUUACAAGGACACCAAUGCAAAUAUGUCAGUUGUUCAGCUGAAAUUAGAAGCACUAGAACUCACACAAAAUAACAAACCUGAUGCUGAGCCAAUGACCGAUCAGUCCUGCCCAACAUACGUAUCAGAAUCACCUAGUUUAUCCAGUGACAGUGGAACAUUGGCUAAAUCUCCCCAACCCAUCAAUCCUAAAUUACAAGUGUUUAGCCCUUUCCCCAGUGUCAAACCUCUUCGAAAGUCAACUGCAGCCCGCAAUUUAGGUUUGUAUGGCCCAACUGAAAGAACUCCAACGGUGCACUUUCCACAAAUGAGUAGAAGUUUCAACAAGUCUGCCAAUGGGAACAGCGGGACUAAAAAACGAUGAUGUACCGUCAGCACUUUAUAUUUCUGGGGGGAAAAUGUAUUGAUUGUUGUGUGUAUAUGUGUCCAAAAGAGUUUCUAAAUAGUUUAAUUCUUUAAAUGAAAUAAUGGGGACAAAGUGGUUAACAGAUGUAUAAAUAUGUAUCCUUGAAAAUUGUGCUCUUGGAAUGUAUGGAUAGAUUAGGAAAGAUGCACUGUGGCACACCAUGUAGAUUAUAAUGGUUCUGUGAUAAAAUAAACAUUGAUUUGCAAUAUGAA